GGAGAGGCGCGGUGCACGCUGUCCCCCUGGACCUCCCGCCCCGCGCUGUCGCGGCUUGUCCCAGGCGAUGCCUCCGCUCUGGGCCUUGCUGGCCCUCGGCUGCCUGCGGCUCUGCUCAGGUGUGAACCUCCAGCCCCAAAUGGCCAGCGUGACCUUUGCCACCAAUAACCCCACCCUCAGCACCGUGGCCUUGGAAAAACCUCUCUGCAUGUUUGACAGCACAGUGGCCCUCAGUGGCCCCUACCAGGUCUACCUCUAUGUCUUGGUGGAUUCAGCCAGCUCCAGGAAUGCCUCUGUGCAGGACGACACCCAGACCCCGCUGAGCUCCACGUUCCAGCAAACAGACGGGGGGAGGACAGGCCCUUACAAGGCCUCCGCCUUUGACCUGGCCCCCUGUAGCGACCUGCCCAGCUUGGCUGCUGUAGGGGAUGUGUCCCGGGCCUCCGAGAUCCUGAACGCCUAUCUCAUCAGGGUGGGCACCAAUGUGGCCUGCCUGUCUGACCCCAAUUUCCAGAGCGUCUGCAACCCACCCCUGUCAGCGGCCACGGAGUACAGAAUCUCUCCGACCUCGCUGUGGCCGGAGCUCACAGGAUGGGUGGAAGUCAUCCUCACUCCGUCUCCUUCCAGAUUCAAGUACGUCCUCGUCAACAUGUCCACGGGCUUGGUACAGGACCAGACCCUGUGGUCGGACCCCAUCCGUACCAACAGGCUCACCCCGUACUCGGUAAUCGACACGUGGCCGGGCCGGCGAAGUGGCGGCAUGAUCGUGGUCACCUCCAUCCUGGGCUCCCUGCCCUUCUUCCUGCUCCUGGGCUUUGUCGGUGCCAUUGUCCUCAGCCUCAUAGACAUGGGCGGUUCUGAUGGGGAAACCACGCAUGACUCCCAGAUCACGCAGGAGGCCGUCUCCAAGUCCCUGGGCACCUCGGAAUCUUCGUACACAUCUGUGAACCGAGGGCUACCCCUGGACAGGGCAGAGGUAUAUGCCAGCAAGCUCCAGGACUGAGCGGGCUCCAUUCCUGGAAGGCAGCCUUCUCCCCUGACCCCACCCCAGGUGAAACUGCCUGUUGGUCCAACUGCAGGAAAACUUUUAAUAAAAUCUUCCCCAGAAUUUGAGUUCAAUAAAGAUUUACAGAACAAAUGUGUGAGACAAUAAGUGAAUGAAUAAAUGAGUCUGUGUGGUAUUGAGGGGUUAGAUUGUUUUCUAGAGGGCGGGGGCCGGGGACUAAUUUUCAGUUAAAGCGAAGGUGGUGAGGGCUGAAAGGAUCAGGGCUGUGAGAACACCUGGUUGUCUGACCUCCUCGUGUGAAGUGGGGAAAUCAGCACCUUUUCCCGAUCGCCUCACGGGAGUGUUAGGGGUCCCGUGAGACUGGCUGUACGUGCAGCUGUUGGACAGUGUUUGGGGUUUGCUGGCUGCGAGGCACUAGAAACCGAACUAUGCCCUGGGUGCCACUCUACUGGCAACUCGUCUUGUCAAACCCCCUCUCCAUCAUCUCUUUCUGGGGUUCAGCUUCCUCAUCUGUGAAAUGGACUGAUGUAAACUGUUCAUUUCAAGGCCACAAACGCCUGAGUUCCUUCACAGCUUUCCUGUCCCAGUGGGAGGGCAGGGCAGAAGAGGCUACAGGACACAGAAGAGGGCACCAAGUCUGCUUGGGGACGAAGGGGCUCUCCAGCCCUGGGUCUCCACUCGGAUGACUCAAUUCUGUCUUCUGAGCCAGGUAGCAACACCGCUUCCCUUUUGCAGAUGUGCAAAACAAGCCGCAGUCCCACUUCUCAUCACCGAAAAAAGAAGUUUAUUGGGUUUGGUUAAGGCAGGAGCACUAGCCGCCAGCUGUCAGGAAACUGCCCCAGCAGCUGAUGGGGUGUUCCGGGGGCACCGGUGGUUCUCCUGGGGCACGGAUGCCGACACCUGCACAGAUUGACAAGAGGGGGAUCCAAAGCUGAGAAGGCAGGCGGCAGGGGCCGUGAGAAGAAACCGAAGAGCAGAGAGCGGUCAGGAGAAGCCAAAGCAGUUGAUGGUCAGCCAGGGUG